UUUUUUUUAUGGGUUAAAAUACAGUGAGGGCCAGAGAGAUGAGUAACUUGGCCUAGACAACUACUAACUGCAAGAAUGAAGCUCUAGUUUAAGGACAAAAACGAUCUAGGAAUCCAACGGGUGCCAAGCUACACUGACUGUUUUUAGAAAGAGCUACUGGAAAAUGCUUGCCUAAACUUUGGAGGAAAAUGUGCAGUCAGCUUUCGCUUCAGGGCGGGGCUGGGGUGAAGUCUGGCAGCCUUUCCACGGCUGGGCUCUCCCUGUCCUACAUACCCCCACCCUCCUCCCUUCGCUUUCUUCCCUUCUCUUCCCCUUCGCGCCACCAACGUGACUCCAAGCCAGAAGCCAGUUAGCAGCUGGAGUCCACACUACCGCAACAUCAACCGGUUGACUAGCCCUGCGCCGGCCAGAAGUGGCGCCCAGCGUGACGUAACCCGCGCGCCUUCAAUCUUGAGGCCAGAGGGCGGGGCCACAGGAGCUUGCUGGGCAGGGGCGGGGCCUGCCAGGCUCUCCGGGGGCCGGGCUCUGGGCUGACUACUCGGGUUUAGGGUAGGGAUUGUCAACUGGGGGAGGAGCCCGGAUGGACGAACUGACAACUGAGUGGUUGACUCAGUGAUGGGGAGGAUGUCACCUAGUUGGUGGACAAGCUGGGGGCCUAGAGUCUCCAGGAUGGGGUCCAGGGUGCCUGGAGAGGUUCCUGUCUACCAGGCUGUGCGGCCAGGUUCGCUAUCCAGGGAAAGAGCUUGCCUGGGAUCUCGCAGCAUUGCUUAGCUAAUUGGUCGGGGGCGGGUCCAGGUUGUCGCUGGUCGGGAGGUGGAGCCUGUUUGACUGACGGACAGGGGGCGGGGCCUGCCUGUUGGCCAGCCGUGGGAUGGGCUUGUUUGGCCAGCAAUGGGCGUGGCCUGGCUGGCUGACCGACCGGGGGCGGGGCCUGGGCCGCGGCCGCAAUCCGGGCCUCCAGGACUUUCGCUGCCAGCGCCGUCGGUCGGGUGGCCUGGGUCACUCCCCUCAGUGGGGCCGAGUGCUGGCCUGCCUGACAGCCGCGGCCCUAAGCCGAGGGGUAGCGCGGUGACUGAGAUUGGGUCUGCUGUGCGGCAGGAUGCUGGGGUCUGUGCGUGCGGUGUGAGGCGGCGGCGCUGGGCGGCGGGCCGGGCCGGGGCCGCUCAUGGUGCCGCCACGACUCCAUCGAGGGGCAGGAAGGCCAGGUAGGCGGUGGGCCGGCGACCGCGGCCAUGGAGGACGGGUCAGAGUCCUCUCACCCCUCACAAGGCAAGAGGCUCGGUUUUCCUCACGUCUUUUCCUCACCAAGAGGCGAUUUCCCUGUCCCAGCUGUUUUCUGUUGUCCUCUCAUACUGCAGCCAGGGUGUAGUGACUGGGCGUGUGGGGAGCGAGGAUGAUCUUGGUCCUCACAUGAGGGGAGUGGAACCUCGCACAUCACUUCCUGUCAGCGAGCCGAAUCCCCUGGAGAUGGGGGGUGGGCUGAGCUCUUCACCUCCAUUUAGACAGGUAUCUGCUCGCUUUGCCCGCAUUGCAUUUGAGGAUCUCAGAGAAGCCCUCGCCACAAGACUGCAAAUGGUUUAUGUGUUUAUCAUGAACCGUGUGAAUUCCCAGAGCAGUGGCUUCAGUCAGCGCAGGCGAAUGGCCCUGGGGAUAGUGAUUCUCCUGCUGGUUGAUGUGAUAUGGGUGGCGUCCUCAGAACUCACCUCAUAUGUCUUCACGCAAUACAACAAGCCAUUCUUCAGCACCUUUGCGAAAACAUCCAUGUUUGUUCUCUACCUUUUGGGCUUCAUUAUUUGGAAGCCUUGGAGGCAACAGUGUACAAGAGGAUUUAGAGGAAAGCCUGCUGCUUUUUUUGCAGAUGCUGAAGGUUACUUUGCUGCUUGCACAACAGACUCAAGUAUGAGUAGUUCUUUGAGUGAACCUCUGUAUGUUCCUGUCAAGUUUCAUGAUCUUCCAAGUGAGAAGCUUGAGAGCACAAACAUUGGGACCGAAAAACCUCCCAAGAAGUCCCGUGUAAGGUUUAGCAAUAUCAUGGAGAUUCGACAGCUCCCAUCAAGCCAUGCGUUAGAGGCCAAGCUGUCUCGAAUGUCUUAUCCCACUGUGAAAGACCAAGAAUCCAUACUGAAGACUGUAGGGAAAUUGACUGCAACCCAAGUAGCAAAAAUUAGCUUUUUUUUUUGCUUUGUGUGGUUUUUGGCAAAUUUGUCAUACCAAGAAGCACUUUCAGAUACACAGGUUGCCAUAGUGAAUAUUUUGUCUUCAACUUCUGGACUUUUUACUUUAAUCCUUGCAGCUGUAUUUCCGAGUAACAGCGGAGACAGGUUUACCCUCUCUAAACUAUUAGCUGUAAUUUUAAGCAUUGGAGGCGUGGUGCUGGUGAACCUGUCUGGAUCUGAAAAGUCUGCUGGAAGAGACACGAUAGGUUCCAUUUGGUCCCUUGCUGGAGCUAUGUUCUAUGCUGUCUACAUUGUGAUGAUCAAGAGAAAGGUAGACAGGGAAGAUAAAUUGGAUAUUCCAAUGUUUUUUGGGUUUGUAGGUCUGUUUAAUCUGCUGCUCUUGUGGCCGGGCUUCUUUUUACUUCAUUAUACUGGCUUUGAGGACUUCGAGUUUCCCAAUAAAGUGGUACUGCUGUGUAUCAUUAUCAACGGCCUCAUUGGAACAGUUCUGUCCGAGUUUCUGUGGUUAUGGGGCUGCUUUCUUACCUCAUCGUUGAUAGGCACACUUGCACUAAGCCUUACGAUACCUCUCUCCAUCAUAGCGGACAUGUGCAUGCAAAAGGUGCAGUUUUCUUGGUUAUUUUUUGCAGGCGCUAUCCCUGUAUUUUUUUCAUUUUUUAUUGUUACUCUCCUAUGCCAUUAUAAUAAUUGGGAUCCUGUGAUGGUAGGAGUCAGAAGAGUUUUUGCCUUUAUAUGCAGAAAACAUCGAAUUCAGAGAGUUUCAGAAGACAGUGAACAGUGCGAGAGCCUCAUUUCGAUGCACAGCGUUUCUCAGGAGGAUGGAGCUGCUUAGCUGCUGUGGUCUGUAGUCAGUUUAAUGGAACAUUCUACAGUGAAGAGACAAUCUGGCGAGUUCUUUGUAGAGGUGUUUCAGUGCCUAGUCUGAGCAGGAGCCAUUUCAGUUCUUUGAAAGUCUCCAUCGUCCACACGUGUGCCUCUUCUUCAGGGUGAAGGGCGUUCCCUGUAGUGCGUGCAGUCCAGUUGCUGUCCAGGACCAGCCUGCCUUACGUGUCCGUUCAGUUAAGGAAUAGGUGGACCAUUCAAGGAACGGGAUUCCUUUGGGGACCCUGUUUAACAUACUUCCCAGUGUCCGGGAGCUCACCUACGUGAGAUGAGCAUUUCUGACGGCGGGUGCCAGCCUGCACGCCUGCAGUGGUGCAGGCUCUGGUUUGAGUUUGGUAGAUGGCCAAGUGAGCACUCAGAAGAAAUGUUAGUGUGGCAAGUGUGCUCAUGCGAGGUUGGUGGCACUUAGAGGGUGGGUGGGCACCUGAGAAGACCUGCUCUGAGCACUGCACGCUGGGGUCCUCCCUGCUGUCUGGGGCCUUCUAUCUUAAAAACCAUGACAAGCCGUAACAGUUUUAAAGGGAAGACUUGUGAACUGGAAAAUCAUGUAUUCUAAAGGCUGUGUGGCUAUAAAUUAGUUGAGAAAGCUCUGUUUCAUUUAGAGUUUUAAAGGAAUAUUCUCUCUUCAAUUAAGAAAUUUUCAUAAUGGAAUGGUUUAAAUUGAAGUGAUAAAGAAUAUUAUUAGAAUAAAAUGUUUGUAUAUGUAUUUGUGUAUUAAAGAUGUAUUGAGUAAUUUUGUAUUUUUCACAUAUAAAUGUGCUAAAUUACUCUAAAACUGGGUGCUGCUUCCUUAAAUAAUCUUACUUUUCCUAAGUAAAUUUAAAUGGUUAAAAUAAAAAAGAAAGGCAAAUAAAAACUGCUUAAAGGAUGA